AUGUCAUGUCGUAUCAUGUUACUUUUCUUUUAUAACAGCCAGUCAGCAUGGCAUGGAAAGUUUCCGGUGAUCCAGCACCCUUACGACAGACAGGUGAGUUAAACCAGCUGAUCAUAAAUAACUUUAGUGAAUGUACUCUUUAUUAUUCCUUUGUCCAGUUGAAAGAGUGACUAUUUACAUGUGAAAGUCCUUGCUCAUUGCCAUAAUAACAACUUCUGAGAAAUACCAGGCAACUGUGUAUUUUGCUUUGCCUUUUCAAUCUCCAUCGCAUUUACAAAACCCAUUCUCUUUAUUUUCCUGCUAAAAACUCAAUGUUUUAAUAAUAUUACUUAUGCAUCAGAUUUUUAUAGCGCUUUAUCAGAGACCUUCAAAGCGCUUUACAUUGGAUACAUCAUUCAUUCGCUCACACAGUCACACCCUGGUAGUGGUAAACUACCCUAGUAGACACAGCUGCCCUGGGGCAGACUGACAGAAACAUGGCUACCAAUUCACACCUAAAGCCGCUCCGACCACCACCACACAACACUCACAAUCAUACACCAGUGGAGGACACACACUGGGAGCAAUGUGGAUUAAGUGUCUUGCCCAAGGACACAACAGGCAGACUGGGGAUAGGGAGAAUUGAACCGCUAACCUUCCAGUUAUUGGACGACUACUCUACCGCCUGAUCUACUGCUAUUGCCAUGUUCUUCACCUCUCCAGCAUAUGUUGCCUAUAAACAGCAGUUGUUUUUAUUGAAAGACUUUUGAAACAUAGGGCCCAGUUAAUUUGGCUUUUAGGCUUGAGUAAAGGUAAAACUACAUAUAGGACUCAAAUUUCUGCCAAAAUAGGUGAAUACCACACUACAAUAUAUCACACAAAUAAUACAAUAUAGCCUAUUUACUUUUAUGAGAGUGUUGUUUUACAUCUUUGAAAGAAGUAGUAAUCAAAACGAAUCAGAAGUCAAUCAAAUAACAUUUAAUCAGCAAAGUCCCAAUAAGUCUAAGAUUUGACCAAAUCAAAGAACUUUUUGCAGUCAGGCUACAUAUAAUGAGUUUUAUUUCAAUAGUAAUCAGACUACAUAAAACCAGCGUACUUUUUCUGCAGAGAAUAAGAGUCAAGGGGGGAUAUUGCACCAUUUGGAGUUACUCAUGUAGUAAACUAACUUAUAAAACAUCAUGCAUCAAUUUCUCUGAGUUUCUCUGAAUUAAUGACAAGAAUCAAUAUUUAUGACUGGAGCAUCACAGGGGCAUGCCUAACUGUCAGACAGGAAAGAGGAAGGUUGGUGAUUAAAGAGGUUUCAGAUACUCAACAUAAAUGAAUUAAGCAUUAAUCACUCUAAACAAGAUCACCACAGAUUUUCUUCAUGAUGGAAUAACUUGCAAUAUAUGGGUCAUGACUUUUGACCCUUGCAUCUGAUUAAAGGUGUUGUUUACUUUCCAGAUAACAGUAUGUUAAUAAAUUUACAGUGCUUUGAUGAACAAAUGCUGAUGAGAUGGUUCAACCAUGUAGCAUAGCCGGCAUAAAUAUUAAGUCAAGCUUGUUUUCUCCUUCCAUAGAUUUGGAGGAGGAGGAGUACAGAGCUUCUUUUCUUCCUCGGCACAUUGAACUGCUCCACUAAUCAAAGACCUUCAGCCGAGUCCAGGACAUUAUCUUCAAGAAAGAAGGUAAUGGGCUUGGCAAUAUAAAUCAGGGCACAAGAAACUCUAUUAUUGGUAAAGUAAUGGGGACUGACGUUGUUUGUAAGCUUCAGCUGUUUGCUUAAUUGCAGAUUUACGAGCAACAUUGGCUCUCAUUUACAUAUGUAAAUUCUGAGCAGGCCAAGAGAGCCGUUCUUGGCAAUGCUUCUGUUUGCCUGCAGGAGGAAAAAAAAAUGGGGCCGUGUGGCGAGAGAAGGAAGGCGAGAGAGAUAAACAAACAGAUGGAAGCUAAACUAGAGACGGGAGAUGGAAGGAAGCGUUUAAGAAGUGAUGAGCAGAAAGUGAGGCAGAGCUCUGGGGUGAAGUGA